CGGCCCCUUGUGAAUACCUAUCAUUGGUGAACUUGCAGAGUGAGGUCCCCUUAAGCUUUCUCCAAAGGUAACCCCGCGACGCGAAAUCCAGCCUAGAAUUUUUGGUGCGCCACCAUUACACUGCACGUCUGUAUUUCGUGACGCGACAAUGUAAAAGGCAAUCCUGUCUUGAAGAUUCUUAACAGAAGAUGUCGUUAACUUCACCUAUCUCAACACUGUCAAAUAUCUCAUCUCCAUCUUCCUUCUACACUGCCAAGGCAACUUCUCCCCCUGGAGCUGGUGAUGUUACGAAUAUCAGUAGCCCCGAUGAGGCACCAGUAAAGUUGUCCUACCGUGAUGCCAGGCAAGUGCCCCAUGAGUUGAAGGAGCACUGCCAGAUCCAUCUCGAGGAAAGACUAUUCGGCUCUGCCAUCCAAUUACUCGACACUCUGCUUUCUGCCAGCAGCGCGAGGAAGGACUCGGCCAUUCGCAAGCCUGCCUUCGUCCCCCCCCCGGCCCAAAUCUCCCUUCUCAGCACACUCGCCAUUCAUCCCUCCCACACAUCAUGCUCCAAGGAGCCAGGCGAACUUCAAAUCUCCUCCCAUGCUCUUCAAUAUCUACGAAACCUAUGCGCCACCGUUGGACCUGUGAACGCGAAGCUGCGCGCAGCGUUCGAGUUCCAAGGCGGGUCUCUUAGGAGUGCGAGGCGGGGGGGUCUAGGACACGACGGCGGCGACCAUGGCCCCGACGAGGACCGUAUUGAUGGGAAAUUCGCCAACGAGCUGGGCAUCUGGUCGAGCGCCCCGGAUUUCUGGGUGACCCUGGGGUGGGCCUUCCACUGCAGCGCGGCCCAUCCGCAUAGAUGGCGAUAUUGGAAGGCCUGGCUGGAAUGCAUCCUGGAGAUCAUGGAGGCUGAUUGGGACGAGAGGUAUCGGCUUGACAUGGAGAGGCACGAAUCCCGCGGCGGAGGGAGUGAGCGCGAGUUCCCGUCGCUUGAGGACAGCAUACUCAUGAUGUAUGUGGGCUCGUUGCGCAGAGAGCGAAAAAACCCACUGAGAGAAAUCUUGCGGGCUCUCCUCGCCUUCGCAGAUGGGACCACGGUCGAUGGAGCAGUCUACAAGGAGGUGUUUGGAAGCGAGACUUUAACACCUUCAAAGAACAAGCGGAAGCGAACACAGACGUUGGACCUUGAGCAUGGCCAGUUUGGAGACUAUCUCGAUGACGACGACGUCUUCUCGUCGUCACAGCCUGAGGACCCCCCUACACCGACGAAGCCGGGUCCACGGAGGAGGGGGAGACCAAACAAGGAAGACGACUGUGUUUCUCCCGCCACAAGCCCGGCUCUGGCCGAGUCUGUCCAAAUCCGGCUCCGCUUGUUCUCCCUAUUGUCGGCCGCAUGUUUCUAUCUCCCGAAUCCUUUCGCGCCCCUCGACGAGUUUUACGACAAGUUCGCCACCUCCGUCAGGGGCCUUCCCCUCGACAUGUUUUCCCUCUUCAUCGCGUCCCAUACCACGCCCCUCGAGAACGAGGCUUACAUAUCCUUAUUGCGCCACAUCAUCGACAAGCUUCUCCCCACGCACCCGGACCCUCGCUCCGUAGACCCAGACACAGACGAUAAGAACGGUGUGUCGAUCGAGAUACUGGAGUGCUGCUUCCUGCCCUACGCGGCGAACAAGAUCUUCGCCGAGGAUAACGCGAAGCUGUCUCUGGUGCUGGAACACAUGGUCCGCUUCCUGUGGAUGCACACCGACAUGGAAUACUCCACCGGGCUCCGCAAGGCUGUCGAGGCAGGCAUCCAGGCGCGAAACGAAAAGACGAGGUCCAAGAAGAAUGGCCGCGCCAAGUCGGUCGACCCUGCCGAGAAAUGGGCGAGGCAAGUACUGGACAAUUCGAGCCAGAACCUGCAGAUUAUCCUGGAUAUGAUGGAAGUGUCGGAUUGUGUGGAAGUUUGUUGACCAGGAGAGGCGACUGGCGGGAGGGAUAACGAUACGGGGGGCGGACUUGCCGCUUGCUCCGUUCGGUUGUCGAAUCUGUCGAAUCUGUUUGUACGAGGUUUGAAGAAAUCAAGUCUUGAUACGAAAGACGAAGGGUGUGUCUGCCCCUAUUGUUGUACUCGGGACGGAUGAUGGGACGGUUUGGUCCGUUGGGUUUUCUUGGCGCUAGUUUGUUAGAGGGGAUCUUGGUUUUUAUGAUGGGCGUGCUUGUGGGUCAAGUAGGAGGCGUUGGGAGAGGAUUUCACGACUGUCUAGUCACUUCUUCAGGCGAAGAAUCGAAGCUAAUGAAGAAGAUCCCGCUUAGACUUCAUAGUCUGCGUAAUCUAGAACGCAUUGCUUUUACUGGUUACCAGUUACAAUAAUAUACACCAAGCAGCAGCUUCAUUCUUCUUGCGAA